CUCCAUGGCCCGGGCGCGCUGAGGGACGCGGCUCUCGCCACAGCCCGGCGGCGGCGGCGGCCGAACAAUGAAGCUCCUGAAGCCGACCUGGGUCAACCACAAUGGCAAGCCAAUUUUUUCAGUCGAUAUUCACCCUGACGGGACCAAGUUUGCAACUGGAGGACAAGGGCAGGAUUCUGGGAAGGUUGUGAUCUGGAAUAUGUCUCCAGUCCUCCAGGAGGAUGACGAGAAGGAUGAAAAUAUUCCCAAGAUGCUUUGCCAGAUGGACAAUCACUUAGCAUGUGUGAACUGUGUGCGGUGGUCAAACAGUGGGAUGUAUUUAGCUUCUGGGGGAGAUGACAAACUGAUUAUGGUGUGGAAGCGGGCUACGUACAUCGGCCCCAGCACCGUGUUUGGCUCCAGUGGUAAGCUUGCCAAUGUGGAGCAGUGGCGGUGUGUCUCCAUCCUCCGGAGUCACUCAGGCGAUGUCAUGGAUGUCGCGUGGUCACCCCAUGACGCCUGGCUGGCCUCCUGCAGCGUGGAUAACACCGUCGUCAUCUGGAAUGCGGUGAAGUUCCCAGAAAUCCUAGCUACCCUGAGAGGUCAUUCUGGCUUGGUGAAAGGGUUGACUUGGGACCCUGUGGGGAAGUACAUCGCCUCCCAAGCCGACGACCGCAGCCUGAAGGUGUGGAGGACGCUGGACUGGCAGUUGGAGACCAGUAUCACCAAACCUUUUGACGAGUGUGGCGGGACGACCCAUGUGUUGCGGCUCAGCUGGUCACCUGAUGGGCACUACCUGGUGUCUGCCCACGCCAUGAACAACUCUGGCCCCACCGCCCAGAUCAUUGAACGGGAGGGCUGGAAGACGAACAUGGACUUUGUUGGGCACCGGAAAGCUGUGACCGUUGUGAAAUUCAACCCAAAAAUCUUCAAAAAGAAGCAGAAGAAUGGGAGUUCUGCGAAGCCCAGCUGCCCUUACUGCUGCUGUGCUGUCGGCAGCAAGGACCGCUCGCUGUCUGUCUGGCUGACGUGUCUGAAACGGCCCCUGGUUGUCAUCCAUGAGCUGUUUGACAAGUCCAUUAUGGAUAUCUCCUGGACGCUGAAUGGGCUGGGCAUCCUGGUAUGCUCCAUGGACGGCUCUGUGGCAUUCCUUGACUUCUCCCAGGAUGAGCUCGGAGACCCCCUGAGUGAGGAGGAGAAGAGCCGCAUCCACCAGUCCACCUACGGCAAGAGCCUGGCCAUCAUGACCGAGGCCCAGCUCUCCACAGCUGUCAUCGAGAACCCGGAGAUGCUCAAAUACCAGCGGAGGCAGCAGCAGCAGCAACUGGACCAGAAGAGUGUCACAGCCAGAGAGACCGGCUCAGCUGCCUCGGUUGCAGGUGUUGUCAAUGGGGAGAGUCUGGAAGACAUCAGGAAGAAUCUUCUGAAGAAACAAGUUGAGACUCGGACGGCAGAUGGUCGGAGAAGAAUCACGCCUCUCUGCAUAGCACAGCUGGACACUGGGGACUUCUCCACGGCGUUCUUCAACAGCAUCCCCCUCUCAGGCUCCUUGGCGGGCACCAUGCUCUCCGCUCACAGCAGUCAGCAGCUCCUGCCACUGGACUCCAGCACCCCAAACUCCUUCGGCACCUCAAAGCCUUGUGCAGAGCCUGCGGUAGCCACUGACGCCAGGCCUGCGGGCGAGCCUCUCAGUAAGGACAGUAUGAAUGCUACCUCUACUCCUGCCGCAUCGUCGCCCUCCGUGUUAACCACCCCGUCCAAGAUCGAGCCCAUGAAGGCAUUUGACUCCCGAUUCACAGAGCGAUCCAAAGCCACUCCGGGUGCUCCCGCCUUGACCAGCGUUACGCCGACGGCUGUCGAGAGGUUGAAAGAGCAGAACCUUGUGAAAGAGCUGAAGUCCCGGGACCUCCUGGAGAGCAGCAGCGACAGUGAUGAAAAGGUCCCUCUGGCCAAGCCUUCUUCACUGUCCAAGCGAAAACUCGAGCUGGAGGUAGAGACGGUGGAGAAGAAGAAGAAAGGGCGCCCUCGGAAGGACUCCCGUCUCCUGCCUGUGUCUCUGUCUGUCCAGUCUGCAGCUGCCCUGACUGCGGAGAAGGAGGCCGUGUGUCUGUCUGCGCCAGCACUCGCACUGAAGCUGCCGGUUCCAGGCCCCCAGAGAGCAUUCACCCUCCAGGUGAGCUCCGACCCCUCCAUGUACAUCGAGGUGGAGAACGAAGUGACGGCCGUGGGGGGCGUGAAGCUGAGCCGCCUGAAGUGCAACCGGGAAGGGAAGGAGUGGGAGACGGUGCUCACCAGCCGCAUCCUCACUGCUGCAGGCAGCGGUGACCUGGUGUGUGUCGCCUGUGAAAAGAGGAUGCUCUCGGUGUUCUCCACCUGUGGCCGCCGCCUCCUCCCUCCCAUCCUCCUGCCGUCCCCGAUCUCCACUUUGCACUGCACGGGCUCCUACGUCAUGGCACUCACUGCUGCAGCCACACUGUCCGUCUGGGAUGUUCACAGACAGGUGGUGGUGGUGAAAGAGGAGUCUCUACACUCCAUCUUAGCAGGAAGUGACAUGACGGUGUCCCAGAUCUUGCUGACACAGCAUGGAAUCCCCGUGAUGAACCUAUCCGAUGGGAAGGCAUACUGCUUUAAUCCGUCACUCUCUACAUGGAACCUGGUUUCUGACAAACAGGACUCAUUGGCCCAGUGUGCGGACUUUAGGAGCAGCCUGCCAUCCCAGGAUGCCAUGCUGUGCUCAGGACCCUUAGCCAUAAUCCAGGGCCGCACCUCCAACUCGGGAAGGCAGGCUGCCCGGCUCUUCUCCGUGCCUCAUGUGGUGCAGCAAGAGACCACCCUGGCCUACCUAGAGAACCAGGUCGCGGCGGCCCUCACCCUGCAGUCCAGCCACGAGUACCGGCAUUGGCUCCUCCUCUAUGCACGGUACCUUGUCAAUGAAGGGUUUGAAUACCGACUCCGAGAAAUAUGCAAGGACUUACUGGGUCCAGUUCACUACUCCACUGGAAGCCAGUGGGAGUCAACAGUAGUGGGCCUGCGCAAGAGGGAGCUGCUGAAGGAGCUGCUGCCGGUCAUCGGGCAGAACCUCCGCUUCCAGCGCCUCUUCACCGAGUGCCAGGAGCAGCUGGACAUCCUGAGGGACAAGUAGCCGCGCAGGGCGGGGCCGCACGCUAGCCAGCAGCGACGCCCAGGGCCGCCUCUCGCCUGGCCGGGCCACGGGGACGAGGAGACACUGGCAGGAGACGUGCCCUGUGUCCUGGGCCUGAUGUGGCCUCGGAAGGGGGGCAGCGCGCCCCUCCCCGCAGGCACCCCUGUGCAGAACCGGGGCCAGCGCGGCCUCCCAGGCCUGCCGUCUCUAGCACGCCCCGAGGUGGACGCUGGCCCCUGCCGCAGCGGGCGCUGUGCUGCUUCAGCUAUGACAAAUGAGCCAUUUGUGAGAGCGAGCAUCCAGAAUCGUUAGGGAUUGUGCAGUCAGCAGACUGGCCGGAGGCCGAGGUCAGAGGAAUGCUGUUCCAACACGUGGACUAUUUUUGUACUAGAAUUUGCUAACUUGUAAUACGGAAUUUUCCUUUGGUCAAUAAUCAGGAUUUCCCUAUAAGUUACUUGGACAUUGGUCACUUGUAGGAAAUUUAAACUCUAAUUAUGACAGCUACACUGAAAAAUAAUUGUACUGAAAUUAACUUGUCUAUCUUCAUUUGGUUUUAAUUUUUAAAUGUUUGUAAAAAGAGACUGUUUUUUGGGGGAUGGGGUAAAGGGGUGGGCAAUUUCUUUUGUAA